AGUAAUUUCCGCGCAUGCGUCGUCCCUUUGAACCAGGACCGCGGUGGCUGUCAAGUGCCUCGUAGAGUCCAUCGUGUACAUUUUUUUAUUUAAUUCGCAAAAAUGGGUUUCGUGAAAGUCGUGAAAAACAAGCAAUACUUCAAGCGCUUUCAAGUAAAAUUCAAGAGGCGUCGUCAAGGCAAGACCGACUACUAUGCUCGCAAACGCUUGAUCGUUCAAGACAAGAACAAAUACAACACUCCGAAGUACCGCCUGAUCGUGCGUUUGUCCAACCGCGACAUCACUUGCCAGGUGGCUUAUUCGCGCAUCGAGGGUGACAAGAUCGUGUGCGCGGCCUACUCGCACGAGUUGCCUAGGUACGGAGUGAAAGUGGGGCUCACCAACUAUGCUGCGGCUUACUGUACUGGGUUGUUGCUGGCCCGCCGUUUAUUGAAGCAACUGGGUUUGGAUAGUUUGUACCCCGGCACCACCGAGAUCACCGGGGACGAGUACAACGUCGAGGGUGUAGAAAACGGUCCUGGAGCCUUCAGGUGUUACCUGGAUGUUGGUCUGCAACGCACAACCACCGGAGCUCGUGUUUUCGCCGCCAUGAAGGGGGCUGUCGAUGGUGGCUUGAACAUUCCUCAUUCCACUAAGCGUUUCCCGGGAUAUGAUGCCGAAUCUAAGUCUUUUAACGCUGACGUGCACAGAUCGCACAUUUUCGGGCAACACGUUGCUGAUUAUAUGCGUGCUUUGGAAGAGGAAGACCCUGAAGCUUUCAAGAGACAGUUCAGUCAAUAUAUUAAGCUGGGAAUCACAGCUGAUCAGAUUGAAGGUAUCUACAAGAACGCGCAUGCGGGUAUUCGCUCCAACCCCGCUAUUGAAAAGAAACCAGAAAAGGCUGCCCCAACAACCAAGAAGAGGUGGAACCGCAGGAAGCUCACUUUGGCCGAACGCAAGAACCGCGUGCAACAAAAGAAGCAAUCUUUCAUUGCAAAGAUCCAAGAAGGGCAGGCUGAGCCUUAAAUUUUUAUUCAUGUUAUAUAAAAACGUGUAAACAAUAAAACUUGGAUACA